AUGAAGCAUGGAUUCCUCACGCCAACCUCAAUCCAUUAUGUGCGCAACCAUGGUGCUGUGCCUCCUCUGCAGUGGGAGACGCACAUGCUUGAGAUCUCUGGCUUAGUCAAGCACCCAAUGAGACUAAGCAUGGAUGAUAUUGCAGCACUGCCAUCGAUCAAGCUGCCGGUCACCUUGGCCUGUUCAGGUAACCGCAGGAAGGAGCAGAACAUGAUCGCCAAAUCGAUGGGCUUCCACUGGGGCCCCGGGGCGGUAUCGACCAGUGUAUGGCGCGGUGUGCGGCUCACCGAGGUGUUGCUCAAGUGCGGGAUCAAGUGGCCAUCGUCGGCAUCAUCAACAUCAUCGUCUGAGGAUGGAUCGCCACCACCAGUACCACGGUUUGUUUGUUUCGAGGGCGCUGAUCGACUGACUUUUGGCUACUAUGGCACCUGCAUCCCGAUCCAACGCGCCAUGGACGAGUAUUUUGAUGUGCUUUUGGCUUACGAGAUGAAUGGUGAGCGACUCGCCCCUGAUCACGGAUAUCCCCUCCGGCUGAUCGUGCCAGGAUGCAUUGGCGGACGAGCGGUGAAGUGGCUGAAUCGCAUCUUUAUCUCUGACAAGGAACCCGACAACUACUAUCACUUUCAUGACAACCGUGUGUUGCCACCCAACGUCGACAAUUCGAUCACGGCCUCGUUCCUGAACGCAUGGCAAAAGGCAGAUGACGUCAUCUACAAUUUUAAUGUCCAGAGCGUGAUCACCCACCCGGGACAUGGCGAGCUGGUUCCUCUCGAUAAGGACACUGCCUACACUGUGCGCGGCUAUGCCUACUCAGGUGCGGGUCACAAAAUCAAGCGUGUUCAAGUGUCUCUGGAUGGUGGCAAGACCUGGCGCGUUGCUCAGCUGGACGACGAUCAAGAGGAAAAAGAAGACAACAAAGUCGGCAUGGGACAAGGCAGGAAUCGAUCCUGGUGCUGGCGGUUAUGGACACUGGACAUACAGAUCAGCGAACUUGCCGAGAGCAAUGGCGAGCUAGUCUGUCGGGCAUGGGAUACCAACAACAACACGCAGCCGCAGACGACCGAGUGGAACUUGAUGGGCAUGAUGCACAAUGCCUGGUACAUUGUCAAGGGUUAUAUCGAUCGGACCAUGCCUUCUUCUCAGCAACACGAACAGUCGUCAGUUAAGAAUGGUCAGAAUCUAGAACCACGGCACCAUGCCGUGGUCUCAUUGCGGUUUGAGCAUCCAACGGUCGUCGAUGAGGACCCUGCCGAUGCCGGCGCGGGUGGGUUUCAGAACAAGGGCUGGAUGAAGCCACCGCCGCGAGACGUUCUGGAAGUGACCACGCUGGGGGACAAACUGCUGGAGGAACCAGACCCGUAUCGGUUCACGCGAGCAGAGGUGGCCAAGCACGCAAGCCACGGCGACGCUUGGGUGAUUGUACACAACAAAGUGUAUGAUUGCUCAGCCUUUUUGGACGAACACCCUGGUGGAUCUGCUAGUAUCUUGAGUGCCGCCGGUACGAAUGCCACCAAGGUCUUCAAGCAGAUCCAUUCCAUCGACAGCCAUGAGAUCUUUGGCAAUUACUUGCUGGGCGAAGUCGACGAAUACCACAGCGGCAGCAACAACAACAAGCACUUUCUUUCGCCGCAAUGGCAGCCUAUCCGCUUGGUCAAGAAGGAUAGCAUCUCGAACGACUCACGCAUCUUUCGGUUUGCGCUCUCCUCACCCAAGAUUAAGUUUGGUCUCCCGACGGGCAAGCAUGUGUUUUUACGCGCCAAGAGCAAGCACGAUGGUAAGAUGUAUGUCCGAGCCUACACACCGAUCAGUGAUGACGAUAGGUUGCCUGGGUUUGCCGAGUUUUUGAUAAAGAUCUACAAACCGGACAAGGGUCACCCAGAGGGAGGUCAUUUGUCGCUGGUGCUGGAUUCGCUGGAGAUUGGAGAGACGAUUGAGGUUCGAGGUCCUUUGGGUUCGUUCUUGUAUCUCGGUCAUGGUCGCUGGACAUUUGGUACACAUUCAGGACGCGCUUGUCGGAUUGUCACCUUGGCCGGUGGUACAGGCAUCACACCUAUCUACCAACUGAUCCGCGCUAUUGCCAGGGACCCCACCGACCGAACCGAGGUGCGAUUCAUUUAUGCCAACAAAACUGAGAAUGAUAUUUUGUUGCAUGAGGAGCUCCUCCAGCUGGAAAAGGAGAGCGCCGGUAGAGUCAAGAUAUGCUUCACACUAAGCAACCCACCUGAGGACUGGAAGGGAUGCAAGGGACACAUUGAUGAAGAGAUGAUUCGGAAGUACGGCACCUUUGAGAGCCACGAGACCUUGAACCAUGCUAUCGACACCAUUUCGGUCAUGUGCGGACCACCGCCCUUGAUCGAGAAGGCCUGCCUGCCCAACAUCGUCAAGAUCUAUGGCAAUGAGAUGAUGCGGAUGCGUACAUUCCAUUUCUAG